AGCCGGAAAUUCGAUGGAGUUACUUCCGUUGCAAUAUUCAUCUGUCUCUUUAUGAGGUCAAAUUGACUGUAGCUGGAAUGUCCUGUAUAAUUUAUUCUUUGCAAAACAAUUUAAAUACUAGUGUGCAUGUGUGUUGUAAAAAACUGAGCUAAUGACUUCUAAAACAUAUUUGGUAAACUAAACCUAUGCAAAGUUUAUUGCUUACUACAUUCAUCCGACCAACGCCUUGAUAUUACCGGUUUUGAAGAUUAAUUUAGCAGUGUAGCAGCUUGGUGUGUGAUCCUAAUGAAAUGGGGAAACUGUUAUCCAAGAUAUUUGGUAAUAAGGAGAUGAGAAUAUUGAUGUUGGGCUUAGAUGCUGCAGGGAAAACAACUAUCUUGUACAAGUUGAAAUUAGGACAAUCAGUUACAACUAUACCAACAGUAGGUUUUAAUGUAGAGACUGUUACUUACAAAAAUGUCAAAUUCAAUGUGUGGGAUGUUGGAGGACAAGAUAAAAUCCGCCCACUAUGGAGGCAUUAUUAUACUGGUACACAAGGUUUAAUAUUUGUUGUUGACUGUGCUGACAGAGACAGAAUAGAUGAAGCCAGACAAGAACUACACAGGAUAAUCAAUGAUAGAGAAAUGAGAGAUGCCAUUAUUUUAGUAUUUGCUAAUAAACAAGAUUUGCCUGAUGCAAUGAAGCCAUAUGAAAUUCAGGAAAAGCUUGGUCUUACUCGUAUUCGAGAUCGCAACUGGUAUGUUCAGCCUUCCUGCGCUACAACAGGUGAUGGACUGUAUGAAGGACUUACAUGGCUAACCUCUAAUCAUAAAUCUUGAGGAUUAUGAACUUAAUUUUUAAAGACCUUUCUAUUCACUAUGUGAAUCAGUUUUUCUUUUUAAUUGGUACCAGUUCUAUACUUACAGCUUCGGAAGCAUUGAUUCAUCUGGUUAGUUCAGAGAAGGAAAUGAAGCAAUGUCUUAUUCACCUGAUUUCAUGUGUUGCAAAACUUGUGCAGUGUAUGGUUAAUGAUGAUAAUACUUUUACCGAGUUGUACAAAGUCCAGCAACACAUAUGUUCCCAUAUAGGCUUUCUACUGACUUUUCUGUACAUAUGAACUGUAUAACAUUAAAUAUUGUGAUAUGUUGUACCAACCUUUUUCUGUGUUAUGGUUUUAUGUAUAUGUGCAAUGAUUCAUGAUUUUCAUUCAAGUUCAUUUGUCUGAUGAUGCUAUUUCCUGGUUUUUGCCACCUGGUGCAUUUAUUUUUUGGAUUAUGGUGGUUGAAAUGGGCAUCAUGUUAUUUAUCAGAUUUUUCCUUUUUGUGUUUUAUAGUGCAAAUCUAGUUUUACAUUCUUAUAUUUCUUCCAGAUUUUAUUGAAGUUUUAAUUAUAAAUUUUGUAUUUUAUGGUUUCAUGAAUAUAUUUCCAUGCAUCUACAAAAAUUUCUGUAUUUCAUUAUUGUAUGUCAUUUAUUUCAUAAAUCUACUUUAGAAUAUAGCUAAAAUUAUGAAUAUUUUUUACAUUAUAGAAUGAAAUCAAUAAAUUUUUACAUAGUUUUUCCUGUGUAAAUUAUAUUUGUAAAAAAUGACAAAUCUUGGAUUAUUAGUUUGCGCCACUUCUUUCCCUGCAUUCAGCAUUCUAAAAAUUAAGAAAUCAUCUUUAAUUGUAAAUAUUUUAUUGCUCUGCCCCUUUUUUUUUUUUUUUUUUUUUUUUUUUCCCUGGUAAUGCCGUGAAUAAUAAAUUUAAUAUAAAUAGUGCAAGUCCAUCAGUGACUUAAAUUGUAGAGUUUAAGGGCAUAUGUCAACAGACACAUAAUCAAGGUUAUUAUUCUAAUCCUUAAGUGGAAAAUACCUAGUUGCUGGCUUCAGUAAGAACAACCUAGCUAUUCAAAGCAAAAUGCCCUGGUUCAGUUUUCAGUAAGACUCCGGGCCUUUUUUGAUUUUUGCCUAGUUAAAAUUCAUUUUUAAAAUUAUGCAAUUUUAAUGUGAGAAAAUUAGUUAUAUUUGAAUCAAAUAGCUGUGAUUCAUUUUUUAUACAGGUAUUCUCCUGAAGCCAGAAUUUUAUCAUCAGUGGGCCUUUACUGUGAUAAAAUUAUAACCUAAAUUCUGUGAGAUCUUGAUCCAAAAAAGAAAUGUUUGAAUCGUUAGUGAGUUUAAAAAAAGAAAUAUGUGUGGAAAUUGAAUUAAAAAUUUGUAACUUUUUUAUUAUUUAUUAAUCAUCAUCUUUGUUUUUAAACUUUAAUAUCUUUUCUUGUAACUGUAAGACCAUCUGAUUUUAGUGAACCAUAAAUUCUGAUAUACUUCUGUAACUUCCAUUGCCAUACUUUCAUUAAAACUGGCAAAGCAUC